UAAAAAGCGGGGCCAAACCGGGUUAUCUCUGCAGUGUGGCCAAGGAGGAUGCUGAAGGCGGCCUAGCCGCCCCUCCUGUGGGCCUCCGUGGCUCCUCCUCACUCCGCCGGGCGAGGCCUAGCGGGAAAGAGCCGCCAAGGCAGCGGAGGAGGAAGGAGAAGGGAGCUGGGUGGGCCUCUUUCUGGGCCAUGGCCCGCAGGAAAGAAGGGAGCAGGCCGCCCGAGGAGGAGCAGGAGGAGGAGGCCGAGCGGGCCCGGCGUCCCGCGGACCCUGCUCCCGGGCCCCCUGCCGCCGCCGCCUUCCCCCUGGGCCUGGGCUUGGGCCUGGCUCUCCUGGCCGCCCUCCUCGGGGCAGCCAAGUACCACCGGGACUCGGAGGCCGCCCGGCGCCAGGAGACUGCACUGAAAUCUCUGGGAAAUGAAGGUCUUUUCCUGUUCUCUUCCUUGGACACCAACAAUGACUUGUACAUCAGCCCAGAGGAGUUCAAGCCAAUUGCGGAGAAAUUAACUGGUAUUGUUCCUGUCCCUGGUGCUGAUGAAGAAGAGGUGGUGGAUCCCAAUGGGGAGACUCUCUCUAUCCUUGCAAAGUUUCAGCCUCUGCUGAUGGAAACAAUGACAAAGAGCAAGGAUGGCUUCCUUGGAGUUUCCCAUCUUGCCCUUUCUGGGCUCCGCAAUUGGACUACUCCAGUAUCUCCUGUGAGUGUGAUGUUUGCCCAGCAAUUUAAGGCCUUCCUUCCACCAAAGCAUAAGAUGGAACUUGCUGAUCCUUGGUGGAUCAUUCCCAGUGAGCUAAAUAUUUUUACUGGAUACCUUCCCAAUAAUCGCUUUUAUCCUCCAGCUCCCAAAGGCAAAGAGGUAAUCAUUCACAAGCUCUUGAGUAUGUUCCACCCCCGGCCAUUUGUGAAAACCCGCUUUGCCCCUCAGGGAGCUGUAGCCUGUAUCCAAGCUGUUGCUGAUUUCUACUAUAGGAUUGCCUUCAGAAUCCAUGCAGAGUUCCAGCUGAACGAGCCCCCAGAUUUCCCAUUCUGGUUUUCCCCAGCACAGUUCACAGGCUACAUUGUCCUCUCCAAAGACUCCUCUCACGUUAGAGAAUUCAAGCUGUUUGUUCCUAACAAUAGGUCUCUCAAUGUAGACAUGGAAUGGCUGUAUGGUGCCCUAGAGAGCAGCAACAUGGAAGUGGAUAUAGGAUACUUACCUCAGAUGGAGCUGGAGUCUUUGGGACCUUCCAUUCCUUCUGUCAUUCAUGAUGAAAAUGGGAAUGUGAUUGAUAGCAGAGAGGGCGAGUCAAUUCAGUUCGUCUUUGAAGAGAUUACCUGGCAGAGAGAAAUAACCUGGGAAGAGGCGGUCAGAAAACUGGAAGUUGCCAUGUAUCCAUUUAAAAAAGUUUCUUACCUUCCCUUUACCCAAGCUUUUGAGAGAGCAAAAUCUGAGAGUAAACUUGUGCACUCCAUAUUGUUGUGGGGUGCACUAGAUGAUCAGUCAUGCUGAGGUUCAGGGCGAACUCUCCGGGAAACAGUCCUGGAAAGUUCGCCCAUCCUUGCUUUCUUGAAUGAAAGUUUCAUCAGUACCUGGUCAUUGGUGAAGGAGCUGGAGGAAUUACAGGCUAAGAGAGAGAAUGAAUUCAACAGCAAACUUGCAGACCUGCACCUUGAAAAAUAUAACUUUCGUGAGAUAAUGAUCUGUCUGCCCAAUGGCACUGUGGUCCACCACAUCAAGGCCAAUUACUUUCUGGAUAUGACUUCUAUGAAGCCGGAAGAAGUUGAGAGCAGCAUCUUUAGUUUUUCUACCAGUUUUGAAGAUCCAUCGACAGCAACCAACCUCCAGUUUCGGAAAGAAGGACUUGAGAAAGCAAAACCAUUUCUGCAGACCUAA